UUUCUUUAUAUUUCAUAUUGUUAUAGAUUUCUGAACGCAAUAAUUUCUUCGGUUUUGAUGUAUAAGUAUCCGCUCUGAAGUUUCAGACAAUAAUAAACGGCUUGUUGAAGUUAUAAGAUUCACCGCAUUCUUCUAGCUGAUUAAAUAUGGAACUGCUGCAGUUGCUGUGUUACACAUGCCUUCUACUUCUUUCGAAGAUGCUAGUGUUGCAAGCCGUUAGCUGGGAGGAGUGGUGGACCUACGAUGGCAUAUCAGGUCCCGCUUUUUGGGGUCUCAUCAAUCCGGAAUGGUCACUCUGUAACAAGGGACGUCGUCAGUCUCCGGUGAACCUAGAGCCGCAGCGAUUGUUAUUUGAUCCGAAUCUUCGUCUUAUGCAUAUUGACAAGCACAGGAUAAGUGGAAUUAUAAGCAAUACUGGUCACAGUGUAAUUUUUACAGCCGGUAACGAAACUGUGGCGAAUUACGAUGGCAUGCAGACACCAGUGAAUAUAUCUGGCGGUCCACUUUCUUAUCGUUAUCGUUUCCAUGAGAUACACGUACACUACGGACUUAACGAUCAAUUCGGCUCCGAGCACAGUGUUGAUGGCUACACAUUUCCGGCAGAG